AUGGAUACCGUAGUACUAGAGGGGGCUACCCACAAAAAGGCUGGUCCCGGAGUGUCCCAGGGGUGCCAGCACCCACUGUUAAACGGCCCAAAGCUAAGAAGGCUAAGAAAGCUGUGGGCUUUUGAGGUGGAGAUUCUGGAUGCCAAGACCAAGGACAAACUCUGCUUCCUGGACAAGAUCCUCAAUGUACACUACUAUAUCAACCACCCUCUAUAUACACCACCUACAAUCUAUGGUGAGCAGCAGGUCAGGAUUGCCCUCAUCAUCUUUCUGUUCUGUCAGGUUGGAAACUUCUCCAUCCAUAUCGCCCUGCGGAACCUCCGCCCACCAGGAUCUAAGACCAGGAAGAUCCCCUACCCCACUAAGAACCCCUUCACCUGGAUCUUCCUGCUGGUCUCCUGUCCCAACUACACCUAUGAGCUGGGCUCGUGGUUCGGCUUCACCUUGAUGACUCAGUGUCUGCCGGUGGCUUUCUUCACGGCGGUGGGCUUCAUCCAGAUGACAGUGUGGGCCAAGGGGAAGCACCGCAGCUACCUGAAAGAGUUCCGAGACUACCCUCCCCUUCGCUCGCCCAUCCUCCCCUUCGUCCUCUAGAGAAGACUGGAGACCCACCCAAACCUACACUACACUGGACUGACCUGGAAUGAGAACCCUGCCCCCUUGGACUACCCCCCCCCCUCCAAUUAAUAACACUUACCCCCCCCAAAACAUUUUGAGGAGACUGUCUUAUACUAUGCUUUCCCACACAGAAGUUUCUGCCUAACAACGCUCCUCAACCCACGUGAUUGGCUAUUGUUAUUUUUCUUAUCUGAGUGUUUAAUAUCCUGACUGACAGUCUGGCAUGUCUCAAAUGGUACAAUACUACAGGGCCCUCGGGUCAAAAGUAGUGCACUACAUAGGGGCUAGGGAGCCAUUUGGGAUGUGACCAGUAUCUAACAAGGUGUAGGUCUAUCUGCUCUGGGUUACGUUAGUUUUUUUACUCAUGUGAAGAAGUAUAACAAUACCAAAGUCUGAUCAGAAAUGUGGAAAUAAACCAUGAGCUUUUGGUCGUUA